GAAGAGUAUUUCACAAAUCGAUACAUACCUACCUAUCAACAAUUUUCAUUGUAUUACAUUUUUUUCAAUUAAAAGGAAAAUGUUGAGUUAUUAGUUUUAAAUUAUAAAAGUAACGUUUUUAUCUUGAUAAAUAGAUAACCGAUUCCUAGACUCUUUGCAGCAGUCGCGUACCAACAAUCAUAGUAUCGACAUUAAUUGAAAAGGACAAUCAGCAAAUAUGAGGGAAUACAGGCUUCUCGCUAUACUGGCUAUUUUAGGACUUACAGUUACACAACCAGGAAAUAGUUUAAAAUGUUACGUUUGCUAUGGAGAGGAUUGUAACAAUCUAAACCAGGAUAAGAUAGCAGAAUGUCCUGCGUUACCCAUUCCACCUACCGGCAAACCAACGGGAGCACCGCCAGAAGUUACAACUAGCGGAACGACGGCAGCACCUCCAGAAGUUACAACUAACGGAACAACAGGAGCACCUCCAGAAGUUACAACUAACGUAACAACAACAACGGGAGCACCUCCAGAAGUUACAACUAGCGGAACAACAGGAGCACCUCCAGAAGUUACAACUAACGGAACAACGGGAGCACCUCCAGAAGUUACAACUAACGGAACAACGGGAGCACCUCCAGAAGUUACAACUAACGGAACAACGGGAGCACCUCCAGAAGUUACAACUAACGGAACAACGGGAGCACCUCCAGAAGUUACAACUAACGGAACAACGGGAGCACCUCCAGCAGUUACAACUAACGGAACAACGGGAGCACCUCCAGAAGUUACAACUAACGGAACAACGGGAGCACCUCCAGCAGUUACAACUAACGGAACAACGGGAGCACCUCCAGAAGUUACAACUAACGGAACAACGGGAGCACCUGCAGAAGUUACAACUAACGGAACAACGGGAGCACCUCCAGCAGUUACAACUAACGGAACAACGGGAGCACCUGCAGAAGUUACAACUAACGGAACAACGGGAGUGCUGCCAGAAACAUUGAACGUUGUUGUUAGAACUGAGAGAAAACGUAGAAGCGUAAUCGGCCGUUUUCCGUUAGUACAGCCGUUGGAUGAAAACGAAGCGAUAUGGCAAUGCUUCGUUAUAAAUCGGGGGGAAAACAACGAAAUCAGAGGAUGCGCUUCCAAAAACGUAACAGUUUGCACUGACGACAUGAAAGGAUGUACAGUUUGUGAUUCAGAUGAAUGCAAUUCGGCGACUUCACAGGUUGCAUUUACGUUCAUGGUUCUAUCUUCGCUAGUAGCUUUAAUUCUAAUGAGAUAAGUUGAUCGAUUUCAUUAUUGUAAAAAAGUUUCUGUGUAACAAGUUAAUAGAUAAUAUUUAGGUAAAUA